AUGCCACCAAAAGCUCAGUUAAAAUCAGCAAUGAAGAAAAGUGCGUUGAAGGCUAAGUCUGUUACAAAGAAGCCUCAACAAGCUCCUCGGAAGUCUCUGAAACGAACAGCCUCUGAAGUUGAAAAGGAAGAAGAAGAAGAAGAUAGUGAAGACGAGGAGAAGGACAAUGACGAUGAAAAAAAAGAGAAUAGCGAUGAAGAAGAAGAAGAAGAUGAUGAUGAUAGUGAUAAUGAUAAUGAUAAUGAUAAUGAUAAUGAUAAUGAGGAAGACGAAGACGAAGAUGAAGGAGAUGACGAACAAGAUGACGAAGAUCAAGAUGACGACUCCUCAGACGAGUCUUCACCCUCAGAUUACGAAGAUAUUACGGAAAUCGGGGGGCCUGUGCAAAAGAAACGCAAGAAAGAUAGUGAAGCAUUUUCCAAGGCUAUUACUGCAAUUCUGGGGUCCAAGAUCAAGGCCCAUGAUGUUAAGGAUCCGAUUUUAGUGCGUUCGAAAAAGACAGAAAAGCAACUUGAAGAAAAGAAGCUGGAAGCUAAGGCCAAACAUGCUCUGGCAGUCGAGAGACGCACAGCACAAGACAAGGAUCGUGUACGUAGCUUGAUGCCCAAAGAUGAAGCCAAGCUGCAUGCAUAUCUGGAGCAUGAAAAGGUUCUGCGCAAGACAGCGCAACGCGGUGUGGUGAAACUAUUUAACGCGAUUUUGGGAGCACAAAAGAAUACACAGGCGACGCUGGGAGCAGCCAAGCAAGGUAAGCUUGUCAAGACUGUGGAGAAGGAAGCAGCGACAGAUCUCUCCAAGGAACAAUUUUUGGACCUGAUACGGUCUGGUUAA